CGCGAGCUGCGCGCACGCUAGGUCGGCUCGGCCGCGGGCUCCUCUGCUGAACACGAGCCCUUCUCAUUUCCCGGAUCCGUUCGUGGGACAAACAGUGAAACCCCAAAUCCUUUUCCCUAAGAGGCUAAUAAAAAGGUUGGCGGCUCCGGAGCGGAAAGCGGGGCAGAGCGGCGGUGGGGAGUGUCUCCGGAGCCCGGCGCGGCGCGCGGGGCUUCUGCUCGGUUUCCUGCCUCGGAGUCGAGUGUCCGCCCCGGCCCAGGGCGGUUUGUGCAAUUUAGAAACUCGAUAGGAGGCAGCAGCUGAUCUCCCACCACCCUAAAAAUAAUCUGCUCGGGCGGCGCUGCGUGCUUCUGCUAGGGGAGGAAAACUGUCAUCGGAGUGUUUUCCAGCAUUUUCUGUUCUCUGGAAUUCCUAUUUAAUUAGAGCGGACACUUUCUGCUGGAUGAACAGGAAAGAGAGCUUGUUUUCACUUACUUUACUGAGAGUCUACUUCCAAAGGAGAGGGCUGGCAGAAAUAAGUGGUAUACUUGGUAUACCUUCACAUCUUAAAGAAUCGUUAUAAAUCAAAUAACUCUUUUCUCCUCUUACAGAAGAGCCAACAGAGCUAAGUGAACCAUAUAAGAAGAAAUGACCCUUUCAUUUUGUGGUAACAACAUUUCUUCGUAUAAUAUCUAUGAUGGUGUAUUAGAAAAUCCCUGCUUUGUGGAUGCCCUCAACCUGGUCCCUCAUGUCUUCCUAUUGUUUAUCACUUUUCCAAUAUUGUUCAUUGGAUGGGGGAGCCAAAGUUCAAAAGUACAAAUUCAUCACAACACAUGGCUUCAUUUUCCUGGACAUAACCUGAGAUGGAUUCUUACAUUUGCGCUCCUAUUCGUGCAUGUUUGUGAAAUAGCAGAGGGUAUUGUUUCAGACUCGCGGCGGGAGUCCCGGCAUCUUCACCUCUUCAUGCCAGCUGUGAUGGGGUUUGUUGCCACAACAACAUCCAUAGUGUAUUAUCAUAAUAUUGAAACGUCAAAUUUUCCUAAAUUACUUUUAGCCCUAUUCCUGUAUUGGGUAAUGGCCUUUAUUACAAAAACAAUAAAAUUGGUGAAGUACUGGCAGUGUGGUUGGGACUUAUCAGACCUGCGUUUCUGCAUCACGGGCAUGAUGGUCAUCCUGAAUGGGCUCCUGAUGGCUGUGGAGAUCAACGUUAUUCGGGUCAGAAGAUACGUAUUUUUCAUGAAUCCUCAGAAAGUAAAGCCUCCUGAAGAUCUCCAGGAUCUAGGAGUGAGAUUUCUUCAGCCGUUUGUGAAUUUACUGUCAAAAGCAACAUACUGGUGGAUGAACACACUUAUCAUCUCUGCUCACAAAAAGCCUAUUGAUCUGAAGGCCAUUGGGAAAUUGCCAAUAGCAAUGAGGGCAGUAACAAAUUAUGUUUGCCUGAAAGAUGCAUAUGAAGAACAAAAGAAAAAAGCAGCAGAUCAUCCAAAUCGGACUCCAUCUAUAUGGCUUGCGAUGUACAGAGCUUUUGGGCGACCAAUUCUUCUUAGCAGCACAUUCCGUUAUCUGGCUGACUUACUGGGUUUUGCUGGACCUCUCUGUAUUUCUGGAAUAGUUCAGCGUGUGAAUGAGACCCAGAAUGGUACAAAUAAUACAACUGGAAUGUCAGCGGCCCUCUCCUCAAAGGAAUUUCUUGAAAAUGCUUAUGUUCUAGCAGUUCUUCUCUUCUUGGCUCUUAUUCUGCAAAGGACGUUUUUACAGGCUUCCUACUAUGUAACCAUAGAGACUGGCAUUAACCUCCGGGGAGCUCUGCUGGCCAUGAUAUACAAUAAAAUCCUCAGGCUUUCUACAUCUAACUUAUCCAUGGGUGAGAUGACCCUGGGACAGAUUAAUAACCUGGUUGCCAUUGAAACCAAUCAACUCAUGUGGUUUUUGUUCCUGUGUCCCAAUCUAUGGGCUAUGCCUGUUCAGAUCAUAAUGGGAGUGAUUCUGCUCUAUAAUUUACUUGGAUCAAGUGCUUUGGUUGGUGCAGCUGUCAUUGUGCUCCUGGCGCCAAUUCAGUAUUUCAUUGCUACAAAGUUGGCAGAAGCUCAGAAGAGCACACUUGAUUACUCCACUGAAAGACUGAAAAAAACAAAUGAAAUCUUGAAGGGCAUCAAGCUUUUAAAGUUGUAUGCCUGGGAGCACAUUUUCUGCAAAAGCGUGGAGGAAACAAGAAUGAAAGAACUGUCCAGCCUCAAAACCUUUGCACUUUAUACAUCACUGUCCAUCUUCAUGAACGCAGCAAUUCCCAUAGCAGCUGUCCUUGCUACGUUUGUGACCCAUGCAUACACCAGUGAGAAUAAUCUAAAACCCGCAGAGGCGUUUGCGUCCCUGUCUCUCUUCCAUAUCCUGGUCACCCCGCUGUUCCUGCUCUCCACGGUGGUCAGAUUCGCAGUCAAAGCCAUCAUAAGUGUUCAAAAGCUGAACGAGUUUCUCUUGAGUGAUGAGAUUGGUGACGACAGCUGGAGAACUGGUGAAGGCUCUCUUCCUUUUGAGUCCUGUAAGAAACACACUGGAGUCCCGAAAACGAUAAACAGGAAGCAGCCUGGAAGAUAUCACCUGGACAGCUAUGAGCAAUCAACGCGACGUCUGCGUCCCACGGAGGCAGAUGAUAUUGCAAUAAAGGUCACAAAUGGAUACUUUUCAUGGGGCAGUGGUUUGGCUACAUUAUCCAAUAUAGAUAUUCGAAUUCCAACAGGUCAGUUGACCAUGAUUGUGGGCCAAGUAGGGUGUGGAAAGUCUUCUCUUCUCCUUGCCAUCCUUGGUGAGAUGCAGACACUGGAAGGAAAAGUUCACUGGAGCAAUGUAAAUGAAUCUGAGCCUUCUUUUGACGCAACCAGAAGUAGGAACAGGUAUUCUGUGGCUUAUGCCGCUCAGAAGCCUUGGCUAUUAAAUGCUACGGUGGAAGAAAAUAUUACCUUUGGAAGCCCUUUCAACAAACAGAGGUACAAAGCUGUCACAGAUGCCUGUUCUCUUCAGCCAGAUAUUGAUUUAUUACCAUUUGGAGACCAAACUGAAAUUGGAGAGAGGGGCAUCAACCUGAGUGGGGGCCAGAGGCAGAGGAUCUGUGUGGCACGAGCUCUUUAUCAAAACACCAACAUUGUCUUCUUGGAUGAUCCGUUCUCUGCCCUGGACAUUCACUUGAGUGAUCACUUAAUGCAGGAAGGAAUUUUGAAAUUUCUCCAAGAUGACAAAAGGACACUCGUUCUUGUGACUCACAAAUUACAGUAUCUGACCCAUGCUGAUUGGAUUAUAGCUAUGAAAGACGGAAGUGUACUAAGAGAAGGGACUUUGAAAGACAUUCAAACCAAAGAUGUUGAACUUUAUGAGCACUGGAAAACACUUAUGAAUCGCCAAGAUCAAGAAUUAGAAAAGGAUAUGGAAGCUGACCAGACAACUUUAGAGAGGAAAACUCUCCGAAGGGCCAUGUAUUCAAGAGAGGCCAAAGCCCAAAUGGAGGAUGAAGAUGAAGAGGAAGAAGAGGAAGAAGAUGAGGAUGAUAACAUGUCCACUGUAAUGAGGCUCCGAACUAAAAUGCCAUGGAAAACCUGUUGGCGGUACCUGACUUCUGGAGGAUUCAUCUUGCUCCUCCUCAUGAUUUUCUCUAAGCUUCUGAAGCAUUCAGUCAUUGUAGGCAUAGACUAUUGGCUGGCCACAUGGACAUCCAAGUACAGCAUAAACAAUACUGGAAUAGUUGAUAAGACCUACUAUGUGGCUGGCUUUAGCAUACUUUGUGGAGCGGGUAUUUUCCUUUGCCUUGUUACAUCUCUCACCGUAGAAUGGAUGGGUCUCACGGCUGCCAAAAAUCUUCACCAUAACCUUCUCAAUAAAAUAAUUCUUGGACCAAUAAGGUUCUUUGAUACUACACCCCUGGGACUAAUUCUCAAUCGCUUUUCAGCAGAUACUAAUAUCAUUGAUCAGCACAUCCCUCCAACUUUGGAAUCUUUAACUCGCUCAACACUGCUCUGCUUGUCUGCCAUUGGGAUGAUUUCUUUUGCUACUCCUGUGUUCGUGGUUGCUCUAUUGCCCCUUGGGGUUGCCUUUUAUUUUAUCCAGAAAUACUUUCGAGUUGCCUCUAAAGAUCUCCAGGAACUUGAUGACAGCACUCAGCUCCCUCUGCUUUGCCACUUCUCAGAAACAGCUGAAGGACUCACCACCAUUCGGGCCUUCAGGCAUGAAACUAGAUUUAAACAACGUAUGCUGGAACUGACGGACACAAACAACAUAGCCUACUUAUUUCUCUCAGCUGCCAACAGAUGGCUGGAAGUUAGAACGGAUUAUCUGGGAGCUUGCAUUGUUCUCACUGCCUCUAUUGCAUCCAUUAGUGGGUCUCCCAAUUCUGGAUUUGUGGGCCUGGGUCUUCUGUAUGCACUUACGAUAACCAAUUAUUUGAAUUGGGUUGUGAGGAACUUGGCCGACCUGGAGGUCCAGAUGGGGGCUGUGAAGAAAGUGAACAGUUUCUUGACUAUGGAGUCAGAGAACUAUGAAGGCACCAUGGAUCCUUCUCAAGUUCCAGAGCAUUGGCCACAGGAAGGCGAGAUCAAGAUUCAUGAUCUGUGUGUCAGAUAUGAAAAUAAUCUGAAACCUGUUCUUAAACAUGUCAAGGCUUACAUCAAACCCGGGCAAAAGGUGGGCAUAUGUGGCCGCACUGGCAGUGGGAAGUCUUCUUUAUCUCUGGCUUUCUUCAGAAUGGUUGAUAUAUUUGAUGGAAAGAUUGUCAUUGAUGGGAUAGACAUUUGUAAGCUACCGCUGCACACACUUCGUUCUAGACUUUCCAUUAUUCUGCAGGAUCCAAUCCUGUUCAGUGGUUCCAUCAGAUUUAAUUUAGAUCCGGAGUGUAAAUGCACAGAUGACAGACUCUGGGAGGCUCUAGAAAUUGCUCAGCUAAAAAAUAUGGUCAAAUCUCUACCAGGAGGUCUAGAUGCGGUAGUCACGGAAGGAGGGGAGAAUUUUAGCGUUGGACAGAGACAGCUGUUUUGCCUUGCAAGGGCCUUUGUUCGUAAGAGCAGCAUUCUUAUCAUGGAUGAAGCAACAGCUUCCAUAGACAUGGCCACGGAAAACAUUUUGCAAAAAGUGGUCAUGACAGCCUUUGCAGACCGCACCGUUGUUACAAUAGCUCAUCGCGUUCACACAAUUCUGACGGCAGACCUGGUUAUUGUGAUGAAACGAGGAAAUAUUUUAGAAUACGACACUCCAGAAAGCCUCUUGGCUCGGGAAGAUGGAGUAUUUGCUUCUUUCGUUCGUGCUGACAUGUGAAGGGGUGAAACAUGUAUUUAAACUAAUAUAGUCCUAACCUAUUUAAUGGAUCAUCAGAUUGACCUUUGUGCAAAAUCUUAAACUUUUACAGAUUUUUUGCACAAGAGAAGUUGGCAUUUCCCUUUCCUGCUUUUUAAACUGUUUUCUAAGAUAUUACUGCUAACUGUAUUCAUUACCCGUGUUUUUAUAAUGAUCGAGCCACUCAGCCUUUAAGAACAGCAGGUUGUAUUAAAACCUGUAAGCUACUUGAACAAAUCAAUAGCUUAUGUUUUCUCAUAACUUUGGUAACUAUCUCUCAGGCAUAGAAGUCAUUAUUAUUAUACUCUUAUUGGUAAGAAUAUAUAUUCCUGGUUGUUGGAGUCUCCAGAUGUCACUGGAAGAGAAUCAAAAAAGGGCACACUUUCUAAAGAAACAUUCAUGGUUAUUAUCUACUUUGUGAUUAAUAUUGUUGUACUCAUUAAUAUUAAUAAUACUGGUGUUUCCAGCAUUCUCUUUCUUUUCCAAGUCUAAAUUGUUCCCUGUCAUUAAGAAGUUAUCACUUUAUAAUAGUUCUAUAAAGCCAAAACCUUAACUAGAAACAUCAUGAAAAGAACAUGGAUAUUUGAAAAAUUAUUCACAAGUUGCCAUAUUUUCCUGUUCAGUAAGGAGAGGAUCCUUACAAUAUCAGGCCUUUUUCAGACUGAAGUUCAAGAGUGGUCAAGUUCAAUUUGUCAAUCAUUAUUAGCUGUGGUUGUGAUUCUGAGUGCUAAAGUGCCACACAAUUCAAGAUUCAAAGGAGCGUAGGGAAGUGGCCUUACUUGUCAUAGGGUACAGACACACAGCCACACACACCCAUAUCUUAGCCAUAUGCUAAUAAUGGCAAGUGAACAUUCCUUGAAGGUGCAAAACAGUACCAUGGCAGGGUGGAAAUAUCUCACACUUUGCAGAUAUAAGAAUAUAUAACAAGUAUCUAUUUCUAGUUGGGAGAGUUUGCUUCUUCUAGACAUUUAAGCGCAAUAAUGUCACACAUGAGUCCAUUUGCUGCUGCUCUUUUUUUAAUGUACAUGUAAAAAGCAUACCAAAAAUGUUAUUCUGAUUGUAGAGUGCAUGUAAAGAGUAUGUCAAAACUUGAUGGAUAGUAGUUUUAGUUUUUGCUGAAAUGUAAAUUAAUAAACUUAAAAUACUAAAAGUUACUUCCAUCGUCACGCUAGUAACCAUAGUUUCUACAAUUCUGUGUCCACUAAGUAUAAAUAUUAUUGAUCUGAUUUUCAUAUGAGGAUUCACAAGCAUUGCAAUACUUUGAAGAUUUACAAUUGGUGGCUAAAGAAAAAAUGAUGCUGCCUUCCUGUCAUUCUUGUGUUCCAUUAUUAUAUUGUGUAUUCACUCUUGGAAAAUCAUUAAUGCUUGUGUGUCCAGAAUAUGUGAAUCUGUCUGCACUCAAAUAUAGAAUCCUAAUAUUUAUAAAAAAUAAGUUCCAUGAAGAUGGACAAAAUGGUCCAUGUUAUUUAGCUUAACUUAACACCCUUUGUGGCAUAUAUAAAAUUUCACCGGAAGAAGAUAAUCUCAUUGUUUCUUGAAAGCUAAUCAGAACAGAAUAAAGUACCCAUUAAUUAGAUCUUGAAAGUACUUUCUAAAAAUUAAACCAAUCUCCUAAAAUAUUGCUUUGUAGGGCUAAAUUUGUAUGAUGCUUGUUACUAAGUUAUACCUAAUUGAGAAAUGAGUUUUUACCAUGGAAAUAAUCUCUUAUGAUAUUUUUAAAAUUAUACAGCUAUACAGCCAACAUCACUAGAAACAUACCUACUUAUAGGUAUGUUCAAGAGAGAAUCACAUUUCCCUUUCUUAUACCCAUGUGGUUGCUGGUCCCCUCAUAAUAUGUAAUUACUUAAGUUGAAUAAAUGCUUAAUAGUCUAUAAAAUUAAACUAAGUAAAGUGAAAGAUGUUUUUAAUUGAUUAAUCAUUUAUUUCAUUUUAUGCAUGAUCUGUUGAUUAUAAAAAUGAUACAUGUUGGGCGGCGCCUAUGGCUCAGUGAGUAGGGCACCGGCCCCAUAUACCGAGGGUGGAGGGUGCAAGCCCAGCCUCGGCCAAACUGCAACAAAAAUAUAGCCGGGCGUUGUGACGGGCACCUGUAGUCCCAGCUACUCAGAAGGCUGAGGCAAGAGAAUUGCCUAAGCCCAAAAGCUGGAGGUUGCUGUGAACUGUGAUGUCAUGGCACUCUACCAAGGGCAACAAAGUGAGACUCUGUCUCCAAAAAAAAAAAAGGAUACAUGUUGAAGUAUUUUUUUAUUAUAUAGAUAUAUAGCUAUAAAAGACCACUUUAACCCAAUGAAAUUUUACAUUUACAAGUUUUACAUAGAAUUAACCAAAUCAAUUUUAGACAUUUUACUUCCUUAAUAUUUAUAAAGAUCAAUAACUGCAUAAAGCUUUAUAUUAAAAUAACAGGGUUACUGACAUCGUUGACAAAGAAAACAUAUUUCUCUUCAAGGAUUCUGCACCCUCUACUUUUAUGCUAUUAGUCAUGACUCAUUAAAAAGUCUACUUCACUCUUUAAUAGAUUAGGUACCAGAAAACUUUUCCAAGUAACUGACCCCUGAAAUCUGGGACCAUCUCCUAUUUGUCUAUGUACCCUAUACCUGCCUAGCCCACAAUAGGCUUUAAUAAAUACGAUUGUCUGAAUCACUGAUUAAUUCAACCGCUUGCCAUAUGCCUGUAUCUAUGGGGUUUUGUCUUCACUUUUCUAUGUUGUAUUUAUGCCACUUAUUUAUUCUCUACAAUACAUGAAAUACGCUUAUUCUCUAUAAUAAAUAUGUUUAUCUCUACAAUAUAUAAAA